AGUCGGUGGAUGCGUCACACAGUGACUGACUUCCGACCACGACAGUCAUGGAUACCUUCGCUUAUACGAGAUGGUGCUGGGCGAUACUGCUUGUCUUCACAUCACAGCUUGUGGCAGGUGCCGACCAGUGCCACUGCUCAUCACAGGGGGAGUGUGUCAAGUACCCGGAUGGAACUUGCACUGCCUGUCAAGAGUUUUGGUCGGGACCCAACUGCCAGAUAUUCAAUGCUGCUGAAGGAGCGCUGCUGUCCACGCAGAGACAGCCGAGGGGAUCAGACUCUGGAAUUCCGGUAUCCGGAAGUGACUCCAGCAGCAAGUGCACGGACAUCUCGGACUCGUCUGGAACAAGUGCAGUGUGGACACUGAUACUCAACAGGACCUUCACCAUCAGCAAGCUGACCAUUACCCACAACACAGACCAUGCCUCGAGUCUCCGAAACUUUGACGUGUCUGUAAAUGGACGUCAGUGCAAGAACGUAUCAUCUGUGACUGCUCCCAAGUCGCCUCUCACCAUUCACUGUGACCAGCCAGUCCAGGGGCAGACAGUGUCAGUCAUACUACCAUUGUCACAGACAGAAGUCAACACCCUUGCUUUAUGUCGAGUGGUUAUUGACGUGUGCGGGGACCACUGGUUUGGGGACCAGUGCAGCAGUCGCUGCAAUUGCAUCAACGUGAACGAGGUCUGCGACAAGACAGGCGGUAGAUGCAUCAGCGGAACCAGGCCGACAACGUCCACGUUGAAGCCGUCGUCGGACACGUCAACAAGAUCACCAUCGACUACAACGACAACAACGGCAACAGCAACAACACCAGCUGGUGCACCAUCUACUGCUUUUGCCGGAACGACAAAGACGAUGGCAACAACCACGGUGACCAGUGCAGGAUCUGAAGAUGGCAGCCAACGAGAGCCCGCUGUAUCCCUCGGCGCCAUAGCUGGAGUUGUGUGCGGGGUCCUCCUCGGCUUCGCUAUCCUGGUCGUUGUCAUCGUCCUGCUGGUGCUCAAACUGUGUAAACGAAAGCGUGUUUCUUCGCCGCCAAUAAUGAAGCCACUUCCGUCAGCCGUCUUCCCCGGUCCAGUGGUCAACCCUACCAGCCACCCUGCCAGUUUCGGAUCCAUCACGAAUACAUAUGAAGGAUUUGAACCUAAGACAAAUGAACAUGACUACAUGGGUGUGUCAAAUCCUGCUCAUGACACAGAAGACACAACCGGCCCAGCGUCCAACAAUGUCGAAACAGUGUAUGCCGAAAUCAUCGAUGAGGAUUACUUACAACCCAUCCACAACCCAGACACCUCCACGUAACCAUCCGCACAUAAGAAAGUUACAUGUAACCAUCCACACAUAAGAAUGUUACAUGUAACCAUCCACACAUAAGAAAGUUACA